UAAAAGCAACAGACACAAUGGAGAAGCUCACGCUCUUAUUCUGGGUUUUUUCUUUCUGGAUUAUGCAAGUAGUUUCAAACGGAGAAGAGGCGACUUUAAUAAGCGUCCAGAUUGGAGAAAACAUCAGCCUGAGCUGCAGCAUGGACAGCAGAUAUGAAAUCUCCUGGUAUCAUCAGAUUUCUCAUCAACUCACCCACAUAAUAUCUGCAAAAAUGAGCACUGUAGCUGGAAGGAAACUUCUUGUAACGUUCAACAGAAACCAUGAGCGUCUGAAACUUAAUGCAGAUGUGAAAAUCACCACAGUCUCUCUGCUCAUUUCUGGACUAUCAGAGUCAGAUUUGGGCUUUUAUUUUUGUGGUAAGAAAUCAGCAGCUUCAGAAAUUAUCUUCGACAAACCCUUCAGGCUUCAUUAUGAGGACACACAGACAGACAAAGAGGAUAAAGGUCAUUCUGUCACAGAACAGCCGAAGGAUGUGGAGAGCAUCACAGAUGGAGUGAUGGUGACGGAGCGUGUGCUGAUGUUCGGUGGUGCUGCGUUGGCUAUCUUUGUGUUUUUUCUGGCUACAUUUCUCGCAGGAGGAGUCAUUCAUCAGCAGGGCUGGCAGAAAGGCUGGGCUGCAGCCAAACGCUCAACUCUGAUGAGACAUAAAUCAGCCAAAUGACUUAUUUAUCUGUGCAUUGUACAGUUUAAAGCUGACAUGAAGAGAAAAUGGGCUCUUCUUAUUUGUAUAUAGUAGUGUUUGUUAUAAACGAUGUGUCUGUGUACUUCAUUAUUUGUAGAAAUGUAUUUGCUUUCCUAAUCUUUGAUAAAAUACAAUAACCUUCCCCUUAAAAAUGACUUCACUAGUUAGACACAAUGCCUUUAGGGCAGGUCCUUUGUAUCUGUCUUUAAUGGCAGCGCUAUCAGUCCUUUAGGGUGGGGCUAUCAGUCCUUCAGUGCUGGGCUAUCAGUCCUUUGUAUCUGUCUUUUAGGGCAGGGCUUUCAGUCCUUUAGGUAGAGGCCAUCACUCCUUUAGGGCGUAGCUAUCAGUCAUUUAGGGCAGGGCUCUCAGUAAUUUAGGGCGGGGCUAUCAGUGCAUUGUCUCUGUCCUUUAGGCCAGAUCCUUCACUCCUUUAGGGCGGGGCCAUUACUCCUUUAGGGUGUAGCUAUCAGCAGUCAUUUAGGGAUGGGCUAUCAGUGCUUUGUAUCUGUCUUUUAGGGUGGGGCCAUCACUUCUUUAGGGUGGGAAAAUCUGUCCUUUGUAUGUGUCUUUCAGGGCGGGGCUAUCUGUCCUUUAGGGUGGGGCUAUCAGUCAUUUAGGGCGUAGCUAUAUGUCCUUUAGGGCGGGGCUAUCAGUUCUUUGUAUCUGUCUUUCAGGGCGGGGCUAUCUGUCCUUUAGGGCGGGGCUUUCAAUCCUUUGUAUCUGUCUUUCAGGGCGGGGCUAUCAGUCAUUUAGGGCAUAGCUAUCUGUCCUUUAGGGCGGGGUUAUCAGUCCUUUGUAUCUGUCUUUCAGGGCGGGGCUAUCAGUCAUUUAGGGCAUGGCUAUCUGUCCUUUAGGGCGGGGCUAUCAAUCCUUUGUUUCUGUUUUUCAGGGCGGGGCUAUCAGUCAUUUAGGGCGUAGCUAUCUGUCCUUUAGGGCGGGGCUAUCAGUCCUUUGUAUCUGUCUUUCAGGGCGGGGCUAUCAGUCAUUUAGGGCGUAGCUAUCUGUCCUUUAGGGCGGGGCUCUUAGUCCUUUGUAUCUGUCUUUCAGGGCAGGGCUAUGAGUCGUUUAGGGCAUGGCUAUCUGUCCUUUAGGGCAGGGAUAUCAAUCCUUUGUGUCUGUUUUUCAGGGCGGGGCUAUCAGUUAUUUAGGGCGUAGCUAUCUGUCCUUUAGGGCGGGGUUAUCAGUCCUUUGUAUCUGUCUUUCAGGGCGGGGCUAUCAGUCAUUUAGGGCGUAGCUAUCUGUCCUUUAGGGCGGGGUUAUCAGUCCUUUGUAUCUGUCUUUCAGGGCGGGGCUAUCAGUCAUUUAGGGCGUAGCUAUCUGUCCUUUAGGGCGGGGUUAUCAGUCCUUUGUAUCUGUCUUUCAGGGCGGGGCUAUCAGUCAUUUAGGGCGUAGCUAUCUGUCCUUUAGGGCGGGGCUCUUAGUCCUUUGUAUCUGUCUUUCGGGGCGGGGCUAUCAGUCGUUUAGGGCAUGGUUAUCUGUCCUUUAGGGUGGGGCUAUCAAUCCUUUGUGUCUGUUUUUCAGGGCGGGGCUAUCAGUUAUUUAAUUUUCUCGUUUCAGGACUGUUUCAACUGGAUGUACCUUAAUAUUUGUUUCAUGGCAACCUUAAUUUCCAGUUGCACUGUCGGUCACAACAAAAUAAAAAGAGCAGAAGCUUUUCCUGGAAGUCACUUUCGGCUCAGAGAAACUGUGAUGGCCAGCAGAAUAUAGUAAUGCUGUGUCUAUUAUUCAGGUUUGUGUGACUCAUUUUGUCCUUUUAAAAUGUAUUUAGAUAAAAA